AUGUCUGUGCUUGUCCCUCGGAUUCCAGUGGCCAUCUACUUAUACAGACAAGACCCAAGCAAUUCUCUAGAAGCUUCGCGCUCAUCUUCGACAUCUUCUUCCCCUUCGAAACGACGAUCGGUUUCGAGUAUGACAGGUCUACUGCCGCUUGCUUUGCCAGCCCCACGCUCAGACACGCCCGGUAUCUUACUUGACGAGGAGACCAUGGACGAUAUGAUGGAUUGUUUCCCUGAGAUGCUCGCCAGGGAUCUGGAAAACUCAAGCUCAGUAUUCAUGUCCAAGAACAUGACCGCCGGUAUGCCCUCCGGGCCUGUCUGGUUCGCAGAGAGCCAGAGCAACAGUCGGAUCAUAUCACCCAGCAGUAGAAUUAUCACUUCUCCAUACCAAUCAGGAUCUGUAGGAGUACAGAACCUGGGAUCAAUAGAGGAACGUCAAUCAAUGGUGUCUUUCCUCGAAUACAGAGGUCAAGUCGAUGAAGAGUGCGAAUCAGACGUGGAGUCUAUUUCAUCAACCGAAUCAUCUCCUGGGGCUAUUGACAUCCCCUCGACCAAUUUGUGCGAGCAGUCUAUUGUCACGGCGGCUACAUCUCUUACAUCAGCCAGCGGCAACCUCCCUUCGCCCAAGAGUCUGCCACCACACGAGCGAGGACAAGGGGAGAGUUGGAUUGACGUUGAUUCUGACAGCGAUGACGAGGUUGGGCCUGAAAUUCGGGAGCAACUCAUCACACCUAAAGGAGCAAUUGCUCUAUCACCUCGGCCUCCUACACCAUCAAAUGCGGAGCCGACGUUCGACAUCACGGUCAUGAUGGAGGCCCCUGGACGUCGUCUUCACAGAGCACAAUCCUGUAUCGACGAAUCUUCCAACCACACAUAUCAGCAUAGAAGGAAGAUUUCGGCCAAAUCCAUGGAUGCGCCAACCAUCCCGCCUAGAAAAGCAUCCCUUACUUGUGCGACAGACCCAUUGGAUACAACUGCUAUUCUCAGAAUACCAGAAUUUAAUUCGCGCAUAUCGCCCGACAACCAUGGUUACACCAAACAAUCACCCUCUUACACUCACCGUUUUCGAGAUGAGACCGACAACAACACAAUCCUUCUCAAAUCAGACUUUGGAUCUAUAGAGCUCGAGCUCGAAAUCGAGGACGAAGAUACCUACAUGGCCCAUUAUCCCCCACCACCACCAAUGUCCCGACCGGAUACAGUUUACAUCGAACAGACACCACCGCCAUCACCAUUACCCACAGUUGAGUCUUGGCUGGACGACUCAAACCCUCCUUAUCUAUCUCAAAUUCCUGUCGAUGACUUGGUAAAGGCCGUUCCCCUCCCGCCUGAUAUCAUAGAAACGCUCAGAGUCUCAAUUGCCUGCUUCCCCGAAACAAUGCUGCUGUCAUCGGGCUUGACAAUAGAGACAAUUCGCUCGUACUCAAAGAAAGUCAGACAACCUUUACCGGAUACCUGGGCCGAUCCAGCCACCGACUCAUCAACACUGCACCCUCGAAAGUCCAUCUGGAAGAAGGUUGUUUCACAUGGCCGCGACUCAGCAAGCGCCAGACGUCACCGGUUACACUCAUAUGAUAGUAACACCCACUCCAGCGCUGUCUCUGCUACUGCCGCUUCACCAGUGCCAUGGGCAUCGCUGCGACAUGUGUUUUCUGGAUGCUCAGAUUACAUCUGUGACGCCUUGUAUGCGCAUAUUGUUGCAUACAACUACGUUUCACGAGUCCCCCGUAACCAGCCCUCAGGCCACCGAGCGUCAACAUCAGAUUCAAAAUCGCAAGGCGAAAACAUCCCUAAGAAAGCUGCCUCGCUUCUUGGACUCGUCACGCCUCAGCUUCAUCCCACACCCAGCGUCGGCCGUUUCGCCAGGAAGUUCAGCGCUCCUCUCAAUGUCAUUGGCUUUGGAAAGGAGGAAACAUCUACGGCAACUGUCCACGACAACGCAACACGGAACAUUGAGUCAGGCCUGCUCCGCUGCAUCUCUCGACUUGUAGCCACCGCUAGGAUGAUCGCCGUAGAGGGGACUGAAGAAGAGAGGAUAAUGGAUACCGAGCCACAGGAGAUUGACAUUAUCUUUGUGAAGAGUCUCUGCGAGAUUGUAAGACUAUCCGAGGAGGCUGCAUGA